CAUAUGCCUAUUAUAAUCGAUCAUCUACGGCAAGUUUUGCAGGCGAAAAACACAGUAGCAAACUUUAUCAAUCCCUCUUUUAGAAAUAGUAGUGGAGGCGAUUAUGGGUGGUUAUAAUUGGCUGCUUGUGCAAGUCAUAUGGGUAGGCGUAAUACUAUCUGGAAUGGCAACUGCAGCACUAACAGCAGCAGCUAAUGGAUCAGCCCUCCCUAACUGCCCCAACUGGUGUGGAGAUGUUGAAAUUCCAUAUCCAUUUGGUAUAGGGGAAGGUUGCUACCUAAAUAAAAGCUUUUCUGUCAAUUGCACCAAAUCUUCGGACGGACGACACCGACCGCAGAAGCGUGACGUCGUUGUCCAACAGAUUUCCAUCCAAGGCCAGAUUGACAUCUUUAUGAACACUGUCGAGGUCUGUAACAACGGGUCGGGGCUCUCGACAAAAUUCCAGUUCGCCGGUCUGAGAAUCGCCUCCAAUGCUUUUACCAUUUCUAACACCCAAAACGUGUUCAUUGCUGUUGGCUGCGAUACAUAUGCAUACCUUACUGGUAAACAGAACAAUGGAAACUUCUCCAUGGGCUGCAUGUCCAUUUGCCAGAAUCAAAGCAAUGUUUUGAAUGGGACUUGCUCUGGAAUUGGUUGUUGCCAGGUAGAGAUCCCGGAAAGAGUGAGCAAUAUCAUUUUGGAAGUACAUAGCUACAAAAAUCACACAAAAGUAUUGGACUUCAAUCCCUGCGGCUAUGCUUUCGUUGUUAAGAAAGAACUGUUCAAGUUCUCCUCUGUUUAUCUUUCCAGUCUCCAAAAUAAUAGAACCAUUCCGAUGGUACUUGAUUGGACGAUCGGUAAUGAAAGGUGUAAGUAUGCUCAGCACAAGCCUGAUUACAGAUGUGGAGGGAACAGCACAUGUGAUGAUCCCGAAAACGGCUAUGGAUACCGUUGCCAGUGCAGGAAGGGUUACGACGGCAAUCCCUACCUCCCACUUGGUUGCAAAGAUGUUAAUGAGUGCCUUGAUCCAAAUCUCAAUAAUUGCACAUCACCAAAGAGAUGCAUUAACACGGAAGGGAGUUAUACAUGUUCUUGCCCCAAGUGGCACAGUGGGGACGGAAGAAAGGAUGGUGCAUCGUGCACUUUGAACCUUGGACUAGUGAACAAGAUUGCCAUUGCUGUUGGUGUAGGCUUUAUAGUACUGCUGGUCUCUAGCUCUUGGAUGUAUUUGAUAAUCAAGCAAAGAAAGCUAAUCAAGCUUAGAGAAAGAUUCUUUCGCCAAAACGGUGGAGUGAUUUUACGUCAACAACUCUCAAGACAAGAAAAUUCAGUUGAAACAGCCAAGAUUUUUAGUGCAGAAGAGCUCAAAAAGGCUACCAACAAUUAUCAUGAGAAUCUAAUAAUCGGCCAAGGAGGAUUUGGCAUAGUUUAUAAAGGGGUUUUAUCCGAUAAUAGAGUUGUGGCAAUCAAGAAGUCCAAACUUGUGGAUAAGAGCCAAAUUGAGCAGUUCAUCAACGAGGUGCUAGUACUUUCUCAAAUUAACCAUAGAAAUAUUGUUAAACUCCUAGGUUGUUGUUUGGAGACAGAAGUCCCUUUACUAGUCUAUGAGUUCAUCUCCAAAGGCACGCUUUUCGAGCACAUACAUCAUAAAGACAGGUCGUUACUAAUUUCAUGGGAGGCUCGUCUUAAGAUAGCUGCAGAAACAGCAGAGGCGCUAUCUUAUCUACACUCUGCAGCCUGUCCACCUAUAAUUCAUAGAGAUGUCAAGUCUUCAAACAUAUUACUAGAUGGUAAUUACACAGCUAAAGUGUCUGAUUUUGGAACUUCAAGAUUGAUUCCAUUAGACCAAAUAGAAGUAGUUACAUUGAUGCAAGGAACUCUUGGAUACUUAGACCCUGAAUAUAUGCAAACUAACCAAUUGACUGAGAAAAGUGAUGUUUAUAGCUUUGGUGUCAUCCUGAUAGAGUUACUAACAGGAGAGAAGGCGCUUUCAUUUGAUAGACCUAAAGAUGAGAGAAGUCUGGCUAUGUAUUUUCUUUCUGCUAUUAAAGAGGAUAGGCUGUUUGAAGUUCUUGAACAGAAUCUAUGGACUGAAAGAAAUGAGAAGCAGCUGAAGGAAGUGGCUAAUCUUGCAAGGAGGUGCAUCAAAUUGAAAGGGGAAGAUAGGCCUACCAUGAAGGAAGUAGCAGCUGAACUGGAAGGUUUAAGAAAGAUGGACAAGCAUUCUUGGGUUACCGUUGGUUCCAAUUCAGAAGAGACGGAGUACUUGCUGGGAGAGAAAUCUGAUUCUAAUAAAUAUGAUGUUGCUAUUAAAAGCAGUGUUGUAUAUGAUAGCAUGAAGGAGCAUACGAUGGUACCCUUCGAUGGUGGGAGAUGAUAGGAGUUUCUUCAUAUAUCUUUUUUUGGGAUACCAUGUUGCAUAUAAUGUUGUUUUCACAAGUUUUCCAUGCGUUGUUUUGCAUAUAAUCUUGUCUGGUUUCUCUGUUUCAAAUGUUCUUGUUUAGAUUC